CUCGCACUGGAUCGACGCAGUUGCAUUCCAAAGUGUCGACGACCGUGUCAAAAUGGUGGCACGUGCUACGCUCCGCACAAAUGCUCAUGCCCGAGAGGAUUUACUGGCAUGUACUGUACCAUUCAGUGUGGAGGUCAAAUCAGUAAUACACAAGGGAUUGUUGAAUUUCCUCGCAUAUUAGGAUACGAAGACAUCCAUUGCAACUGGAGCAUUGUUGCACCGCCAGGAUAUAAAGUAGCUUUAGAAAUAGAAAAAUUUCAACCCUUUUCGAGAUCCUAUUCUCACUGCUACUUCGCCAACUUAACGUUUUGGAAUCGUCACUCAGACAACGGCUAUCCAGCUUUUUGCGAGCCUCAAAGGGACACCCGUACGCGUCCGAAAAAGAUUAUUUCGUUGUUUAGAACGCUCAAUUUUACAUACUUUCGAACAGCAAAUCGUUACGGAGGACAGGGAUUUCGUAUCAACUAUCACACAUUUGAAGACAAGUGUUCAACGAAAUGCGAAUCUGUACCUUGGUACCGCCGUUGUUGUCACGGGUACGCAAUUGCAACGUCAGGAGUGCUGCGUCAAGGUUCUGUUGCGAGAGUGAAUGUAAUGCUAAUGUCAAUGCCAAAGAAAACCGUUCAAGUUAGAGCUCAAUUGUUCGACCCAACCAACUCGCAGUUGAUAUGUGAAGCUGACCGUACUGUUGAUACAGGACUAGAUGAGUCGACGAAUGUUGACGAAGGUUGGAUGUCGCUCGAAAUUCCGUCCGAUCUUCUACCUUCUCAGUAUCGACUCAACGUCUCCGCUGUUUCUGGCGACAAAACUUUCUUCAGUGAAAGUGCUAUUGUGGGUGUGGCGCCAAAUGGUCCAACGAUAUUAAUUCAAACUGAUAAGCCGGUUUACAAGCCUGGACAAACAGUUCGAAUGAGAAUUGUUGCCGUCGAUUUCGAAAUGAAACCUUACAAAGGAAACGUAACAAUAGAGAUAUCGGAUGGUCAUGGUACUAAAGUUCAACAAUGGAUUGACAAAUCGCCGCUCACAGGAAUUGUUCCUUUAUCGUUUCCAUUGUCCGACGAGCCAGUUGCUGGAGUUUGGAACGUUUCGGUAUUCGCGCUAUAUCCACCAGCAGUGGAGAAAUCUGAAGUUCAAACUUCAUGUUUUCAAGUCAAAGAAUACGUACUACCAAAAUUCGAAGUAACAGUUAUCGUUCCACCUUACAUUGUAACUACAUACAAGACAGCUCCCGUAACGGUUGUAGCAAAAUACACUUAUGGAAGACCGGUCAAAGGCGUGGCUUGUGUGACUGCAAAAUCGGUAUACGACUAUCGUUAUCGUCUACCUCGAACGCGUGCGUCACAAACAUGCAAAAAGGUGAAUUAG